GUAUUGCUGAUUGUAAACACUGAAAAUAAUAUUUAAAAAUUAUGAUUUAUUAUCUGAUGUUUCAGAUGCUUGAAAGCAAUUUCUAAUUGAAUUCAUUUUAAAUGGUAUGAUCAUCAUUUUAUUGAAAAUGUGCCAACAGUUUAAAAAUUUAUUAUCAACUAUUAAUACGAAUUGUAACAACUGAAAACAUUAUUUGAACACAAUGACAUCAAUUAUAAAGCUUCAUGCUGUUUCGGGGGCUAUGGAUGAAUCCCCUCCUUGUUACAUCCUACAGGUUGACGAAUUAAGAAUACUAUUAGAUUGUGGAUGGGACGAAAACUUUGACCAAGAAUUUAUAAAAGAAUUAAAACGACACGUCCAUCAAAUAGAUGCAGUACUAUUAUCAUAUCCAGAUCCACUGCAUCUAGGCGCCUUACCCUAUUUAGUUGGAAAAUGUGGUUUGAAUUGUCCUAUAUAUGCAACUAUUCCUGUAUAUAAAAUGGGACAAAUGUUUAUGUACGAUAUGUAUCAGUCUCGCCAUAAUAUGGAAGAUUUUGAUCUUUUCACCCUUGACGAUGUCGACGCAGCAUUCGAUAAAAUUGUCCAAUUAAAAUAUAAUCAAAGCAUAUCAAUGAAAGGAAAAGGGUAUGGAGUUACUCUAACACCUCUACCAGCUGGUCACAUGAUAGGUGGUACUAUUUGGAAGAUUGUAAAAGUUGGAGAGGAAGACAUAAUAUAUGCUGUCGACUUUAAUCAUAAAAAGGAACGGCAUUUGAAUGGUUGCGAAUUAGAGCGACUACAAAGACCAUCUUUGUUGAUAACAGAUGCUUUUAAUGCCACGUAUCAACAAGCUCGACGUAGAACUAGAGACGAAAAAUUAAUGACCAAUAUCUUACAAACACUCCGCGGUGGAGGCAAUGUUUUGGUCAGUGUAGACACCGCCGGUCGUGUAUUAGAAUUGGCACAUAUGUUGGACCAACUUUGGCGGAAUAAAGAAUCUGGCUUACUUGCGUACUCAUUAGCUCUUUUAAAUAACGUCAGUUAUAAUGUUGUAGAGUUUGCUAAAUCACAGAUAGAAUGGAUGAGUGAUAAAUUAAUGAGGAGUUUUGAGGGAGCUAGAAACAAUCCAUUUCAAUUCAAACAUCUACAAUUAUGUCAUAGUAUGGCAGAACUAAACCAAGUUCCUAGCCCAAAGGUUGUACUUGCAAGCACUCCAGACAUGGAAUGUGGUUUCUCAAGAGAAUUAUUUUUGCAAUGGUGUGGCAAUUCUCAGAACAGUAUUAUAAUAACUAGUAGAACUUCACCAGGUACACUCGCCAGAGAUUUAGUCGAAAAAGGAGGCAACAGAAAUAUUACAUUGGAAGUAAGAAGAAGAAUUAAAUUAGAAGGGCUUGAGUUGGAAGAAUAUCAGAGAAAAGAAAAAUUAAAACAAGAGCAGUUAAAACAAGAACAAAUGGAAACUGCUGACGUGAGUUCAGAAUCUGAAGAUGAAAUAGAAGUUGGCGGAGGAAGAGGAAAACACGAUUUACUUGUUAAACAAGAAAGCAAACCAGGUUUCUUUAAACAAAGUAAAAAACAACAUCCAAUGUUUCCAUUUGUAGAAGAAAAAAUUAAAAUAGACGAAUAUGGAGAAAUUAUAAGACCAGAAGAUUAUAAAAUAGCCGAGACUAUGCCAGAAGUAGAUGAUAAUAAAGAAAAUUUGGAAACAAAACCAGAGGAUGCUGCUCAUCAUCCAGAAGUACCUAAUGACAUUCCAACAAAAUGCAUUCAGGUUACACGUACAAUGACAGUCAAUGCAUCUGUAACAUACAUAGAUUUUGAGGGAAGAUCUGAUGGAGAGUCAUUACAAAAAAUUCUAGCACAAUUACGACCUCGAAGAGUUGUAUUAGUUAGGGGAUCUCAAAAAGAUACAGAAGUCUUAGCUCAACAAGCACAAAGUGCAGGUGCACGUGUAUUUAUUCCGGGUAGAGGAGAGACAUUAGAUGCUACUACAGAAACGCACAUAUACCAGGUGCGUUUGACCGACGCUCUUGUUAGUGGUUUGAACUUUUCAAAAGGAAAAGGUGAUUCUGAAGUAGCAUGGAUUGAUGCAAUGAUAACAGCCCGUGAUCAAGUGUGCCGGGAUGCUGUUGCUGGUACUGAGCCAGAUAAUGUGAUAGAUCAAAGCGACAAGAUACUUACUUUAGAACCAUUACCCUUGAAUGAGGUUCCUGGGCACCAAACAACGUUUAUAAAUGAAUUAAAAUUAUCUGAUUUUAAGCAGAUAUUGAAUAAAAGUAAUAUCCCUUCUGAAUUCAGUGGAGGAGUUCUGUGGUGUUGCAAUAAUACUAUUGCGGUUAGGAGGCAUGAGGCUGGGAAAGUAAUAUUAGAAGGUUGCAUUUCUGAAGAUUAUUAUAAAGUGCGGGAAUUAUUGUAUGAACAAUAUGCAAUUGUGUAAAAUAUUAUGUAUCUUUAUUCUAUAAAUUUAAUAUAAAAACUCCUAUUAAUUAUAUUCCAUAA